AUGGCGUCCGCAAUGUUUCACAGUUUUAGGUUUAUUUUCCUUUGCUUUGUCCUUUGUCACAAUGGAGUUAAUGGUACACCGAGAAAGGGAUUAACUCUGAAUGAAGCAUUUCUCAAAAAGGAUUCAGGAGAAGAAGUCGGUGUACAAGAAGUCAACCCGAAUGAACUUUUUCUAUACCAAAGUAGAGAAGGACGAUGGGGGACCCAAGCUGAAUUCGUAGUCUAUGGGUUACAAAACGUUGAACUAGGCCAAGAUACUUCGGCAUAUAUCAGUGUCAUCAGUGGGUUGGAUGGUUCACGGCAAGAUAUCAAUCAUAUAUUAGCCGGAUGGCAUGUAAGUCCGGGGUUAUACGGCGAUACAGAUACUCACUUUUUUACUUAUUGGACGGCCGAUGGUAACAUGACUACAGGCUGCUUCAACCUUUUAUGCAAGGGUUUUGUGCCCUCUAAUACUUCUGAAGUUCCGGGAUUCAAAAUUUGGCCACUUUCCGUUUAUAACGGAACACAAUAUGUUAUUAGAGUCAAAUUACACAAGGAUGAGACGAGUGGAAAUUGGCUCUUGCACGUUCAAGAUAAAUUAUUAGGAUACUGGCCGAAAACAUUAUUCAAGAGUUUAUCUGUGGGUGCUCAAGAAAUCAAUUGGGGUGGAAAUGUUAACUUCGAAAAUAGUCAGAGAAGUCCUCCAUUGGGUAGUGGCCAUUUUCCUGAGGAAGGUGGGGGAAAAGCAGCAGCAAUCCAGGAAAUUCAGUUUGUUAAUCAACAUGGAGAGCCUUAUGAUUUGAAUCCGGAUCUAGUGUCUUCUUAUGUUGACAAUAUACCUUGCAUCAAGUUAGGAGAAUUAUUCCAUACAAAUAUUGGAUUUAUGUUCUAUUUUGGAGGUCCUGGUGGUUGUUAAUGUUAAAAGUUGAAUACUUGAAUUGUAAU